AACACAACUACUUCUCCUUCUGUUUGACAAGCAAUUCUGUAAUUUCUUUCCCCCCCUUAGGUUCUUGCCAUGGCUGCAUCCUUCUCAGUACCUUCAAUGAUGAUGGACGAAGAAGGAAGGUUUGCAGCAGAAGUAGCAGAGGUGCAGGCAUGGUGGAACUCUGAGAGGUUCAAGCUCACCCAUCGUCCUUACUCAGCCACUGAUGUGGUCUCCCUCCGAGGCAACCUCAAACAGAGCUAUGCCUCUAACGAGCUCGCCAUGAAGCUCUGGAAGACCCUCAAGACCCAUCAAGCAAACAGCACUGCUUCCCGAACCUUUGGUGCUCUGGACCCGGUUCAGGUCACCAUGAUGGGUAAAUACCUUGACACCAUCUACGUCUCGGGUUGGCAAUGUUCAUCGACCCACACCACCACCAAUGAACCCGGUCCAGAUCUUGCUGAUUACCCAUACGACACUGUCCCGAAUAAGGUCGAACACCUGUUCUUCGCUCAACAAUACCAUGAUAGGAAACAAAGAGAGGCUCGUAUGAGCAUGAGCAGAGAAGAAAGAGCUCGAACACCUUAUGUGGAUUACCUGAAACCCAUAAUUGCAGAUGGAGAUACUGGUUUUGGUGGCGCAACUGCAACAAUUAAGCUUUGUAAACUCUUUGUUGAACGAGGCGCUGCGGGUGUCCACAUUGAAGACCAAUCUUCGACGACUAAGAAAUGUGGGCACAUGGCAGGGAAGGUUUUGGUUUCAGCAGGGGAGCACAUCAAUAGGCUUGUUGCGGCAAGAUUGCAGUUCGAUAUCAUGGGUGUGGAAACCUUAUUGAUUGCUCGAACUGAUGCGGUUGCGGCGAAUUUGAUUCAAACUAAUGUCGAUACUCGUGAUCAUCAGUUCAUAUUGGGUACUACAAACCCCAAUCUCAAAGGAAAGGGUCUGGCUACUACUCUUGUUGAAGCCAUGGCUAAUGGGAAGACAGGGGCACACCUGCAAGCAAUUGAGGACAAUUGGUUAUCAAUGGCUCAAUUAAAGACCUUCUCUGAUUGUGUUGUGGAUGCAAUUAACAAUUUGAACAUAGAAGAGAACGAGAAGAGAGGGAGAUUGAAUGAAUGGAUGAAACAUUCCAGCUAUGACAAAUGCCUUUCUAAUGAGAAAGGCAGAGAGAUAGCAGAGAAAUUGGGGGUUAAGAACCUGUUCUGGGACUGGGAUUUGCCUAGAACCAGAGAAGGUUUCUAUAGGUUCAAAGGAUCUGUAAUGGCAGCAAUUGUGCGUGGAUGGACUUUUGCUCCUUAUGCUGAUCUUAUCUGGAUGGAGACUUCAAGCCCAGAUUUGAUGGAGUUGACCACAUUUGCAAAAGGGGUGAAAUCAAUGCACCCAGAGAUGAUGUUAGCUUACAACUUAUCUCCAUCUUUUAAUUGGGAUGCUUCAGGGAUGAGAGAUGAAGAGAUGAAGAACUUCAUUCCUCAGAUUGCCAAGUUGGGGUUUUGUUGGCAGUUCAUCACUCUGGGUGGGUUUCAUUCUGAGGCACUGGUGGUUGAUAAUUUUGCCAAGGAUUUUGCUAAGAGAGGAAUGUUGGCUUAUGUGGAGAAAAUUCAGAGAGAAGAGAGGACCAAUGGGGUUGACACAUUGGCUCAUCAGAAAUGGUCUGGUGCCAAUUACUAUGACAGGGUACUCAAGACUGUCCAGGGAGGAAUCUCAUCUACUGCUGCCAUGGGAAAAGGAGUGACGGAGGAGCAGUUCAAGGGUGAUACAUGGACUCGACCAGGAACCGCGGAGAUGGGCAGAGGGAGUACUCUUGUGGUUGCGAAGUCAAGAAUGUAA